AUCGAUUUUUAUUUCGUUAUAGAGAUAAACAUAAACAAAUUCAGCGAAGAAAAUCCUAAAAUAUUAGCCAGUUCCAUAAUAAUUUUGAAAAUUUCUAUUAAAACUAGUGCAAUGAACUGUGCAAAAUGUCUAAAUCAGUAGAACAGAGUAAGAGAAAACUUGAAGUGAAAACAGAUCGUUCAUCACAGCACGGAAUCUCUAAGCCAAAAGCUUCGCCGAAAUCGAUUGUUUUGGAACAGAACGGCGAGAAAAAAAUCCUUAAAAAAAUUAAGCUAAAGGCCCCUCCAAAGGCGACGACAAAUUCAAAGCAGGGGUCUCACCUGCGAAACGAAGCUACUCAUCAAAAAUCGUCUGUUAAAAUACCACAAGUGUCUAUUUUAAGGAAAGAAACAAAACCUGCACUUGAAAAAACAUCUUUCCCUUGUACUUUCUGCAAGCUCACAUUCGAAGAUCAAGAUGCACUCAAGAAACACUUCGUAAAACAUGGUAAUGAAUCUCAGUUCGGCAAAACCCCAGACCAGCAUCCUGCUGGUGGUUCGGUUUCCGGUGGCACCGAACCACCCAUCGAGCUUAUCGAGUGCGAAUGGUGUCCGGAAACGUUUACCCGGCUUUCGCGAGCGAUCGAACACAAAUACCGGAAGCACAACUACGAAAGCAAAAACUAUUUCUGCACCCUGUGCGGAAAGCUCUUUCCGCUGAAGGUGGCCCUGGAUCAACACCAAAACAUCGCCCACAAGGACGAUAAGGAGAUGAAGGUCCCUCGUUUGGAUUUUAUUUGUGGCUUUUGUGGAACUGCGUUUAUAUCUGAAUCUGCUCUGAAUAUGCACGUUAAGACGGCACACAAUUUGGAAAAGCGAAUGAUGGCCCACCCAUUCGUCCCGAACCCGUCGAAGAAAGUUCGCCUAAACCAAGCCGGCGAGAUAAUCUCCAUAUACUAUUGCCAUCUGUGCGGCUCGGAGUACAUGCUGAAGUUCAACCUCCUGAAGCACAUCGAAGACCACCAUUCGUACGAGGAUCGAUGUGCCAUGCCGGAGGAUAUGCUCAAAUGUAGCACCUGUGAUUCCAUGUUCUAUACGAAGAAAGCUUUCGACGCUCACAACGUACACCACAAACCGGAAGAUCUGUACGUUACCAGUGAAGAGCAGAGACUUAACAUUGUGGCGCGAGUUGAUCAGGACUUUGACUUCCGACGGGUUCCUACGGCGCUGGAUAAAGCCUUGGGAUCGCUAGGGAGUAGUAGCAGUUCGGAUUCAGCAGUCACACUGGCCAAAAAGCACGGAAAUAAGGCCAAACGGGUCACGAGUACGACAACUAGUAACUCCGCUCUCGGCUUGGCAUCGGACUGCGAAGCGCCUGGGCUGGACGUACUAAAACUGCUGCUGGGAGAAGCUGGAAAGUAAGUAUUUUAAAACUAUCUGAAUGCCGUGAAUAAAUAUUCAUAAUGUACAUUA